UUAAACCCACUUGGUUUAGAAACGGCUUCUCUCAAUUGUUGACACGUUAUGAGCUGAGGCUGAACAAGUCGAGCAAGACAGCCAUUUAGUUGAAUGUACGGCUAUGACUCGUCCAGCUUGACAGGACGAAGGCGCCGCGCCGGCUGCGUGUCGCGACUCAGUGGGCAAACUUUGAACGAUUUCGAAUGUGGCUGGCUGUCGGAGAACAUGGAUGCUGGGGGGGAAAAGUGGGAUGUAUUCCACAAGCGGAGCCCCCUCCUCCUUGGGUUUACCUCUUCUGCAUUCGGACACCCCCAGAGAGCUACAUAGGGACCGAGCGUGCCACUUGUGAGGUCAGUUGAGUUGUUGAAUGGGGGGGAAGGCGACGUUACGGUGUUUUGCUUGGAGCGAGGACACGCGCGGCCACCGCCGCGGAUGCGCUGCAUGCUCGCAUUUGCUGCUGGAUUACUUGCCCUGAGAGUUGCGGACUGCAGCUUUGCAAAAAGACAAAAAAAACAAACAAAAAAAUGGAAUAAUGGCUCAACUUUUCAAAUGGACUCCCGUUGGAUAAGACCUGCGAUGAGUGAAGAGGAGCUGAGAAGCUCCCCCGCUGCUUUUAGAGAGUGAGUAGGAUUAGGCUGGAGCUCAGUGGAGGCACCACGGCACUCUCACUUUGGCAACCGGAGCCGGAGCCAUGAGCGGGGCGCUUACGGAGCACAUCAGCAGUAGCUUCCGAGAAGAUGCUCCUCGUCCUCCGGUACCGGGAGAGGAGGGAGCGUCGUCAUGCUACAUACCCAGCCGGUCUGGAAAAAUGAAAGCCCUUAACAAGGUUAAAGAUACCCCCGCUGCCGCCGCGCUCCCCGGCUGCACUCCAAGGAGGAACGAGGAUGGACUCGGGGAGCCGGAGGGAAGUGCGUCCCCAGACUCGCCACUGAUCCGAUGGACAAAGUCUUUGCAUUUUCUUCUUGGCGAUCAAGACGGUGCUCACCUAUUUAGAACCUUUUUGGAGCAGGACAAUUGCGUGGACACCUUGGACUUCUGGUUCGCAUGCAACGGCUUCAGGCAAAUGGACUUAAAGGAUACCAAAACACUGCGAGUAGCCAAAGUUAUUUUCAAACGGUACAUCGAGAACAACAGCAUCGUUGCCAAGCAGCUCAAACCCGCCACCAAGACCUUCAUAAAGGAUAGUAUUAAAAAGCAACAGAUAGACUCUGCCAUGUUUGACCAGGCACAGACAGAGAUCCAGUCCAACAUGGAAGAGAACGCUUACCAGAUGUUUUUGACCUCUGACAUAUACCGCGAAUAUGUGCGCACUGGCUGUGAGAACGCAGCUUACGCGAAUCACGGCACGCUCGGCAGCCUCAAGCUAAUGUGUGGAUACCUUCCACCUCUUAUGGAGGAAGAGGAGUGGAGCUGUCAUGACCUGAAGGCAAAGGCGUUAGGUUCUGUUGUCGGACUUUCUGCUAAAUCCCUGAGGGCGACUGCUACCAGCCGGACAACAGCUGAAAUUCUGGAGAACAGUUGCAGGGCACACCGGCGAGGAGACAAUGCCAGCCCGUAUUUCGUCAACUCUGGCUACAUCUUGGCUCCUGCCACCAGUGCCAAUGACAGUGAGAUCUCCAGUGAUGCUACGACUGAUGAUUCGAUGUCGAUGACAGACAGUAGUGUAGAUGGAAUCCCUCCUUAUAAGCUGGCCCCCAAGAAGCAUCUCCAGCGAGAGAUGAAUCGCAGUGUCAAGAUCAAUGGCCAGGUUACACUUCCCCACUUUCCAAGGACACAUCGUCUGCCUAAAGAGAUGACCCCUGUUGAGCCUGCAUCAUUUGCUGCCCAACUCAUAACGCGGCUUGAGAAACUGAAGCGAGAGCAAGAAACCAUGAGCUCUUUGGCGGAGAGGCUACAGCAGAUCCAAGAGGAGGAGGAAAAAGAGGAAAGCACAGAUCUCUCCAGCAACAUUACCCUCCAUCACCCUCUUCUUCCAUCUGGUAACCAAUGUGAGGAGGACCCCCAAGCUAUCCUCGAUGAUCAUCUAUCACGGGUCCUGAAGACACCUGGCUGCCAGUCACCCGGUGUGCUUCGGCACUCACCGCGCUCACACUCCCCAGAACGGACAGGUGCCUUGGUAUCCUCAGGCCAUGGGUCCUUCUUCGGUGCUUAUCCUGGUGCUGCUCUGAUGUCUGGCCGGCAGUCCACAAAACACACCCAUCACCACUAUAUCCACCAUCAUCAUGCUGGGCCUAAGACGAAGGAGCAGAUUGAGGUUGAGGCAGCUCAGCGUGUACAGUGCCUCUGCCCUUCAGGAGGCGCCAAUUACUCAGACUUUACCCCUGUUCGCUGCAGCACUUUGUCAAGACGGCAAGUCAGAUCCUCCAAUGAAGGUUUGUCGUCAACAUGCCUUCCGCUUGAUACCACUGACCGGUCUCAAAAUGUUUGGCAGUGGAUUCUGGAGAGUGAGAGACAGGGCAAACACAAGCCUCACGGUUACCCCGGCCUUAAGAAGCCCAACCCCCUUGAUUUCAAGACCCUGCCUGCUCGAACUCACUCGUUAUGGGGUGGGGGUGGCAUUGGUUCUGGGGCUAACCUUCGUGGGCACCACCCUGGGCAUCCAUUUAUACAGGACCCAGCCAUGCCGCCGCUGCCCCCACCAAACACUCUAGCGCAGCUUGAAGAGGCCUGCCGUAGACUGGAGGAGGUCUCCAAGCCACCAAAACCGAGGCAUUCAACAGCGGCCGUCGGCCUCAGAGAUCAGAGCCAUCCAGCCACAGCCUUCCCUGCCGGAGGAAGCUCUCUUGCCAGUCUUGGACUACAAACGGACGAGUCAAAUGAACUAAUGGUCACCUACUUCUUCUGUGGUGAGGAGAUUCCUUACCGGAGUGUGAUGAAGACCCACUGCCUCACCUUGGGACACUUUAAAGAACAGCUUAGCAAGAAAGGCAACUACCGGUACUACUUUAAGAAGGCCAGCGAUGAGUUUGAGUGCGGUGCCGUGUUCGAGGAGGUGUGGGAGGAUGCCACGGUUUUGCCCAUGUACGAUGGCAAGGUGCUGGGUAAGGUGGAGAGGAUGGACUAGAAACACUAGUAACAUCCUUUACACCAAAAGCUAAAGUCCCGGAAACUUGAGGAAAAGUCUGUAAUGAACUUGAUUUCUAGAAAUGAUUAAUACUAAGCUAAAAAAAAAAAAAAAAAAAAAAAAAAGAGUUAAUAUAUCCAGCACAAGGAGUGAUUGAAGGAAGACGAGCCAAUGAAGUAUGCCUAACCCAGAGGAGGGACUGUCCCUCCCUGAUUUUCUCAACCAACCAGCCUUAGAAACACAAGGGAACGACUCGAGAAACUUUAAAAGACCAAUUUAAGGUGAGGGGGGGGGGGGGGCCUUUACAGCUUCUUGAAUAUAUAACCACUGUUGUGAUGCGUAAGGAGAGACUUGUGGGUUUACACUGACACGCGGGUCAAGUACAGCGGACUAGCAGGAGGACUGGAGACGCAGCACGCCAGUCAGCCUGCGCUUCAGCUUACUACAUAGUUAAAAGUGUUUAUACAUGUGCAUAUACAUACUUGCAUAUAUGUAUAUAUACAUGUAUUGUAUUUAGAUGCGUUUUGUCACGAGUUGAAGGUUUUUAUUGAGUAUUUAUUUAAAAAAAAUAAAUAAAAAAUCCUUACCCCUCCCAACCUUGUUCCUACACUCUCCCCAUUUCCAGCCAAAAGGCAAGCUGCUUUGAAUGUUGGGAGAAUACUGUGGUGAAAUUGUUUAGAAUUUUGUUUUGUCUCAUAUUACUCUACACAAAGGAUGUGACACUAGCCUAGCACCUCCCACCGCCUUGUUACCCCCUCUGAUCCAAACUGACAUCCCUCUUUGGUCUUGGUCAAGGCUUCUAAUGGUCAAUCCCAGUCUUAUAUGCUGCUGAAAGUGUGAAAUGCUAGUCUUGUCACACUAGCGUUUCCUUCCCCCUUUGCCGGAGCUCACGUUUUGUCUCUUUAGUCUGGCAACGGAGCUCGAUUUUUGUGUUGUGCCUUUGUUUGUAAACCGAGCUUUGCACAGGGGGAGACACAGAGCUGAGACCUGGUGCACAAGUUGUACCAUCUAAUAAUGGCCGUGUUUACAGCUCACACACCAAAAUUAUUUGAGCUGAGCAAGAACAAGCUUGAGAGGGGGGGGGAAAGUGAACAAUGAAGAACAAUGGCGCCCGAUAUCCUUUGAAUGUUGCUAUAGUGACUUUGUAUUUAACAGAACUCCUGUGUACAUUGUAAUUAUGCAUUGGAAAGUAUGGAUACUGACACAUGUGUUGCACAUCAGGAGUAUACGCUCAAAAACAACACUUAUAAGAACACACUAUUGCUGAUGUUUUAGGAGUACAGCGCCUGUGCCUAAAUGGAUGCCAUACCAUGUGCUACCCUGUUUCAGGGUUUUAAUAUAUAUCCCUUGGUUUUCAGAAGGGUUUUUAUGUCAAAAAGAUAUUUUUAUGCUUUUAAUGAUAUCAUGUAAUCAUGUUUGUUUUUUGUUUUUUUACACCACAGCCUUUUUUCAUUCUAUCAAAACUGUAAAUUAUACAUUAUAUAAAGAGUUUCAUUUAAAGAUUUACAUGGACCUAUAAUUAUUGUAAUUAUUGAGAGAUGUAGCCUUUAUUAAAGUUUUAUAUUUUUCAAAUGAAA